GGGGUGAUUUGAAUUUGUGUGAUCAGGGGGAUAGUUUUACGUACGUGUAAGAAAACAUCGAUAUACUGGUUUAUUGUUUUGGCUAGGUUUUUGGUUUUUAAUUGUUUUAACUAGCCAUUAAGCUAGUUUCCAACGAAAAGACUUGGACGAUUGUACUAUGAGGUGAUAGGAUAACAGCCAUAUCCACGGUCAGAACGAUAUGUGGUGGUUCCAGGAGGGUAUGUGUGCCCUGCCCGUGGCACUUGUGGUGUGGACAGCUGCUACUUUUAUUUUUGCAUACAUUACAGCUGUGGUCCUGAGACAUGUGGAUCCUCUGGUCCCCUACAUCAGUGAUACUGGAACUGUUCCUCCAGAGCGAUGCGUCUUUGGGAUCAUGCUUGAUGUGUCCGCAUUCCUUGGCGUUGCCACAAUGUAUGUGCGCUACAAACAGGUCCAAGCUCUGACUGACCAGGGCGAUACUGUGCUUCAUCGACUCAACACUGCUGGCUUGAUUUUGGGCUGGACCAGCUCCUUUGGCAUGUGCAUUGUGGCAAAUUUUCAGAAAACGACACUAUUCUCCAUGCACCUGGUAGGAGCAGUGCUGACUUUUGGUGUGGGAGCACUUUAUAUUCUGGUUCAGACAGUGCUGUCGUACCGUAUGCAGCCUCUGAUCCAUGGGAAAAGCAUCUUCUGGGCACGGCUAUCGAUUGGCCUAUGGACCUCAGCAAGCAUUAUCAGCAUGUUUGUAUCCUCUGUGAUCAUGUACAGCAGUUUGCCCGGUAUAGAUGUGUCUAAGAAGCUGCAUUGGAACCCCGGAGAAACAGGCUACACCGCGCACAUCGUGAGCACGAUCUCCGAAUGGUCCCUCGCCCUUUCCUUCAUCAGUUUCUUCCUCACCUACGUCAGAGACUUCAAAAAAAUCAACCUGAGAGCGGAGGUGGACUUGCAAAGCAGCCACCUGCAUGAUUCGCCUUACUACAAUACCUUUGCUGGUCUGAACCCAGGGGAGGCCUCUCCACUGUUGGCUGGCAGUAUUUAAGUAUGCCACCAUAUGGUGGCACAGAUGUUUCCCCAGACGAAAGCUGGAGCGCCGAUACCUUCAGCAUUGUUAUACUAUAUGCGAGAGAUAAGACGAGAUUGUGUUUUCAGAUGAUU